AUGGCUGCGCGCGACGAGGAUGUCAAGCCGCCCACGACAGCGAUCGGGCGCGCUCGAGCCGCGUCGGCAUCGCUCCUCAAUGCCAAUCCACCCUAUGGCAUGUGGGCGGCCACUGCGGCUGUAGUGGCCAACGCACCCAAUGUGGACGAGCUGCGCCAACCAGUAGCGGGAGGACAGAACCUCGAGUUUGACGGCACGCGGACAGGCAUUCGUGUACAAGAGACGGCAGAUGGGCAGCUGCUUGUACGUGAUCCUUCCGGCGGGUCUUUGGAGGAGGAGGAAGAGGACGUAGACGAAGUUCAAACAACAAAGGCCGAGGAUGAAAAGAUACCGCGCGAUGAACUCACACAAGCGGAGCGUCGGCUUAAAAGAAGGGGGACCAGCACGUUACAUGAUGCGAAGAAGAGAAAGCGAGAAUCUUUGGCGGUCGCUUUGAAGCAUGGUCUUUCGAUGUUUGGCAAAUUUGUGAUCACGCCUUGGGGUUUUCUCAUUACGUUGUACGGCCUCAACAUUGUCGCCUGGGGCGCGAUGCUGUUUUUCCUCUUGCUGAAUGCGGCCCCCGCCAUGGCGCAACCGAGCAAGGAUGAUCCCUAUGCGCCGCGACAGGUCUGGCUGGAGAUUGACAGCCAGAUCCUCAAUGCGCUUUUCUGCGUCACCGGUUUCGGGCUGGCGCCAUGGCGAUUCCGCGACCUCUACUACCUCGCGAGCGCCCGAUACCGUCGCAGUCCGGACGCGCGUGCGCACCUUGCAGAGCAGAACAAGUCCUGGUUCCGCCCACCGAUCGCAUGGGAAUCGGCACAGUCGCCUGAUGUCGAGGCCCAGAAGGGACCGCAUCACAAGACGUACAUUCGACCGCCGACCUAUACGGGCAACCAUGCUCCGCCGACCCGCAUGUGGAAGUUACACUUUGUCGUGUGGAUGAUGGUUCUCAAUUCUUUGCUACAGGCGGUGCUCUCGUUUUUCAUGUGGCACUACUCGCGCUUCGACCGUCCCACGUGGGCCACAGGCACGUUCAUCGCCCUUGGCUGUGGCGUCGCCAUGUUUGCAGGCAUCAUCACGUACUUGGAAGGCCGCAAAGUGAAGAAGAUCGAAGGACCACUCUUGAUCAUCACCAAGGAGGAGGGCGUGAGCUGA